UUGUGCGGAAAUGAGUUGAAAUUUGAUCGAAUCUACGCUGUUUAGUAAUUUGUAACAAAAUCUGUGAUCGAAAUCAAAAUGACAUCGAAGAUAGCGAGCAGUUUACAGUUUAUGGCCGGCAAUGGAACGCAGGACAAGAAUGGCAAGCGUUUCGUGAAAGGAGUAUCCGUUAUCAACGAUGCGAACAACAACGAGACGGUCCUGGCCGAUGACCAUACCAUCACCGAGAAGGAUGUCAACUCUUACCUGCAGCAUUACAACAAAUGGAAGCAGUCCGCCAGGGGUCACCAAUUGACGACAAUCCUGCGGGAUUACUUCGGAUACGAGUUCGAUGCGGAAAUCAAGUGGAACAACGUGUUCAUGAUCGGAGUGAUCCAUUUGAUUGCGAUCCUUUCCUUCAUGAGAUUGGUCUGGCGAGCAACGUUAAUUUCGUAUCUUUGGGGUUUCUUCGUUGGGGGAUGUGCAGGUUUCGGUGUAACGGGCGGUGUGCACCGGCUUUGGUGUCAUAAAGCUUACAAAGCUAAACUUCCACUGAGGAUCAUACUGAUGUGCUGCUACUCGAUUGCCGGCCAGAAUACCAUCUACGAUUGGGUGCGUGAUCACCGAAUCCAUCAUAAGUACUCGGAAACGGACGGCGAUCCACACAACUCAAACCGUGGGUUCCUCUAUGCACACGUUGGUUGGCUGAUGCUGCGAAAGCACCCGGAAUGCAUCAAGAAGGGUCGUCUCAUCGAUAUGACCGACAUUACCAGUGAUCCGGUAGUGCAGUUCCACCACAAAAAUUUCAUCCUGAUGAAGAUUCUAUUCUGCUUCGUACUACCGACCUUCAUACCGUGGUACUUCCUGGGCGAAACGUUCGAAAUGGCAUUCUUCAGCCAGUGUUUCGUGCGCUACGUGCUAAGCUUGAACUUCACCUGGCUGGUCAACAGUGCUGCACACAUCUACGGCAAUCGGCCCUUCGACCAACGCAUCCAACCGGUGGAAAACAAGGUUGUUUCCAUCGUGGCAAUGGGUGAAGGAUGGCACAACUACCAUCACGUGUUCCCAUGGGACUACAAGGCAGCAGAGCUGGGCAUCUAUUCCGUCAACGUGACCACAUUCUGGCUGGACUUUUUCGCCAAAAUCGGUUGGGCGUACGAUUUGAAGGAACCAUCGAAGGAGCUGGUUCGCAGGACGAUUGAGAAAUAUGGCGAUGGAACUCAUCUGGAGAUUUCGACUAAAGACCACAUUGAAGUCCCCGAUCCAGAGGUAACCAAAUCGCGCUAGGCUGUAUAGGAUAGGAGGAGUUUUAUCUGCAAUCAUCAGUUGUGAUCGACCGAAUUAGUUUUCAGUCCAAGGGAUUGGCUAUGCUGAACCAGAUUUUAAAAUAGAUUAGAGUCGCUGAAAAGGGUCCCGUUGGAUGCAAAUGUUAUUUAAAAAUGUAAAACUAUAAUUAAUUUUCUGCAUGAUAAAAGCCAUGAAAAACAAA